CAUUGGUUUACUUACGUUUCCACUAUCAUUUAAAUUUUGAUUUUGACGAAGUGACACAAACUGGAAAAGUCAAUGGCCUAAUGUUUACAUAUUUACACUUAGAACUGUGAAAGAUUCCAAGUGUCGAACGGUUCUUGGACGCAAACAGGAAUAAGUGAUGUGGAUCGUAACUCUUCUGUGCCUUUUCGUAAGCGGUACCGUAAGAUAUGGAGAAGCCAGCAUUUUGUUCCCAGAGGAAAAAUUGGGAUCAAACUGUAACACUUCACUUGGCCUGCAAACAUACUGGAUUCAGAACGCCGACAUAACCGCCUCGUCAAUUCGGGACAGCGCCCACGAUCCUGCACAGGCACGUCUCCAUGGUAACGGUGCAUGGAUGCCGCUUAUUCAAGACGCCAAUCAAUUUCUCCAGAUUGAUUUCGGAAACAAAGCUAAGGUGUCAGCGGUCGCCAUCCAGGGUCAUCCUACCAAUGACUUUUGGGUGUCAAAGUUUUCGUUAUCAUUUAGCAUGGAUGCCAAACGCUGGGAAGAUAUAUCGGAGGUCUUUGAAGGCAGUGGAAACAGACAUGAUGUCAAAACCACCCAACUAGAGGAACUUAAAAUAGCGCGGUUUUUACGCAUAAAGCCUACAGAGUGGAAUGGUGCAAUCGCUCUUCGAAUAGAAAUUUAUGGCUGCAUGGAAGAUUUUCCAAAGUGCGGAACCCGCCAACAAGACGAAAAUCAUCAUUCCCGCCGAAAGCGAGUUGUCGGCGGCAACAACGCUGCCCCAAACUCAUGGCCGUGGCAAGUUGAAAUACUGGAAAACGGGACGAAGCACUGGUGCGGUGGCUCCAUCAUUCAUCCCCAAUGGAUUAUAACAGCCGCUCACUGCGUGGAUGAAAUCUACUCAUUGGCACAAAAAGAAAUACGCAUUGGAGAGCACAACAGCAAGGUCCUCGAGGGGUACGAGGAGAUUAUCGAAGGAGACAGGUAUUACAUACAUCCGGGUUUUAAACACGACCGUCCGACGAUGAUCAGCGCUGGGGACUAUGACUUCGCUCUUUACCGUCUGAAAAGGCCAGUGACGUUCUAUAGUCGAGUCGGUCCGGUGUGUCUACCCGAAGAGGACUCCACUAUCAUCGACGAAGUUGGCCGAAUGUGCUUCUUGACCGGUUGGGGUCAUACUAAAGAAAAUGGAAAUUUUUCCGAUAUUCUCCAAGAGAACGAAGUGCCCAUAGUUUCUUUGGAGGAAUGCAAUAAAAAUUACUCGUAUAACGGUCACAUUAAGGAGCGUUACUUGUGUGCAGGAUAUCCUGAAGGUGGAAAAGACGCUUGUCAAGGAGAUAGUGGGGGGCCCCUAGUGUGUCAAGAUGGCGAAGGAAAAUGGGUGCUUGCUGGUGUGGUGACCUGGGGCAUCGGAUGUGCGAGAGCGCAAAAAUAUGGGGUUUACGCUGAUGUCCGCAGAUUUCUUCCCUUCAUUGAAAGCACCAUAUAUGGUUACCCACAAUGCGGUAAUCGGCCAUUUCCAUCCGUUAUGUCUCGCAUCGUUGGUGGUCGCGAAGCCCGCCCCAACUCCUGGCCGUGGCAGGUUGAUCUUCUGAUCAAUGGCAAUGCUCACCAUUGUGGAGGCUCUCUGAUUGAUCCUUUAUGGAUCGUGACGUCAGCUCACUGUUUCUACGAGUACACUAAACCAGACCAAUGGCAGGUCAGGGUUGGCGAACACAACGAGACGAAAUUCGAAGGAUACGAGGAAAUGAUUGAUAUUGAAAGCAUAACAAUCCAUCCCGGAUUCGAAAUAGGCAAUGGAAAACAUCCUGGCGAUUACGACAUUGCGAUCGUGAAACUCAGGCGACCAGCGGUUUUCCAUAAGUUAGUACAUGCCAUUUGUCUUCCAGACAUGGAAACUAGUCUACCAACUGGUCAAUCCUGUUUUGCCACCGGAUGGGGAAGGCAACAAGAAAAUGCGAAUGAGUACUCGGAUGUUCUUCGAGAAGUCGAGGUGAACCUGGUAUCUAAAAAAGUUUGUAACAGCAACAUCUCUUAUAAUGGGAUUAUACACGAGCGUUAUUUAUGCGCCGGUGUUCAAGCUGGAGGUAGAGACUCGUGCGUGGGUGACAGUGGAGGGCCACUGGCCUGUCCAAAGGAAGAUGGAAGUUUUACCUUGACCGGAAUUGUUUCAUGGGGAGAAGGCUGCGCUAGAGCUGAUAAAUAUGGCGUGUAUUUAGAUGUGCGCUACAUGUUGCCAUUCAUUGAAAGCACUCUACACGGAUAUCCCUCCUGUGGCGUUCGUCCAGUUCCUUCUCCUUCCUCUCGAAUCGUAGGAGGCCUGGAAGCUCGCCCCAACACUUGGCCGUGGCAAGUUGAUCUUCUUGUUAAUGGCACUUCUCACUAUUGUGGAGGCUCGCUAAUUGAUCCUUUAUGGGUCGUGACCUCAGCCCAUUGUUUCUAUUUUAUUCCCCCAGUAAACUGGUGGCAUGUUAGGGUUGGGGAGCAUAACGAGACAAAAUUCGAAGGCUACGAGGAAAAGAUCGAGAUUGAAAACGUCACGUUACAUCCAGGAUUAGACAUGACUUUCGAACCCGGAGAUUACGACUUCGCCCUCGUCAAGCUCAAGCGACCAGCGGUGUUUCACAGCCGAGUGCACUCAAUAUGUUUGCCUGAUAUGGAAACUAGCUUUCCACCUGGUAAAACAUGUUUUGCCACCGGAUGGGGAAAGCAACAAGAAAAUGCAACUAAGACCUCGGAUGUUCUCCGAGAAGUGGAGGUGAACCUCGUAUCUAAAGAAGUCUGUAAUAGCAAUACUUCUUACAAUGGUAGAAUACCCGAACGUUAUCUUUGCGCUGGUUUUCAAGCCGGCGGUAAGGACUCGUGUAGCGGUGAUAGCGGAGGACCGCUGGCAUGUCAAAAUGAAGAUGGUCGUUUCAUUCUGACCGGCGUUGUAAGCUGGGGAGAAGGUUGCGCCCGAGCUAAUAAAUAUGGCGUGUAUUUAGAUGUGCGCUACAUGUUGCCAUUCAUUGAAAGUACCCUAUACGGUCAUCCAAAGUGUGGCACCCGAUUUCUAUCUUCGGAAACUCCUCCUGCUCUCAGCCAAAACGAAGCUCGUCCCAACUCCUGGCCAUGGCAGGUUCAGCUGCUAUUCAGUGAUAAGCAUGCGUGUAGCGGCUCUUUAAUCGACCGGUACUGGGUUCUGACAUCGGCAACUUGCGUGAACACAAGCCAUAGUGUUGAUGACUGGACGGUUCGGCUCGGUGAACACGACCGAACAGUCAUCGAGAGAUAUGAAGAAAGCAUUAAAGUGAAAGAAAUUUACACCAGUCCAAAACAUCAUAUCUCACUGCUGAAAAUGAAACGAGAAGCUGUCCUUCACAAGCGAGUUCUUCCUAUCUGUCUCGCGGAAGAAGAUGCAAACGUUACUGUAAAUUCUUCGUGUUAUGUGACUGGUUGGCAGUCUCCCAAAAAGGACGGGAAUUUAACGGCUGUGUUAAACGAAGCCCGAGUUGAAAUGACCCCAUUUCAAGACUGUAAUGCUUCUUAUACUGGAAAACUCUCCGAGUAUGAAAUUUGUGCAAACUUCACCCGAGAAGAAGCCCAAGUUUGCAAUGUCGAAAGAGGUGCACCUCUAGUUUGUCCUGGGAUCGAUGGACGAUAUGUGUUAACAGGGGUAGCUUCUGCUGAAGACGUGUGUUCAAAUGUAGGACAAUAUGGUGUCUUUAUUGACGUUAAAAUGAUGCUUUCGUUUAUCAAUAACACUAUUACCACAAACAAGGAUCCAGUCAGUGUUUAACUAGUUUUACGUAAGUUAGCAGUAAAGCAGCCCUCACUUGUGUGUCGAAGAUAAUUCUAUAUUGCAAUGCUGUUGUUUUAAUAAAUUGUGUAAUUGACCUUGAA